ACUCUGAAUUAUAUACUCAGUAGCAGCUUAUCACCCCUCAAGUUGACUAGUUUCCAAACCACUUGAAUCAAUUGAAGAAGUCCAAAUUCACUCAAAUCAUCGCCAACAUGUCGGAUCGUGUAGCGCAAAUCGCAUCUCACCUCAACUACCCCAAGGGUAUGCUCGCCGGCCAAGUCGCCAUCAUCACCGGCAGCGGACAGGGUAUCGGCGCCGAAGCAGCGCGGCUCUUUGCCAAUGAGGGCGCAAAGGUUGUCGUUUCCGACAUUGACGGCAAAAAGGCACAACAAGUCGCAGACAGCAUCACCGCCGCAGGCGGCCAAGCCAUCAGCGUCCCCGGCGACAUGCUCUCAGCAGACUACAUCACCACCCUCGUCGCCAAAGCAGCAGAGUUCGGCGGCGGCAAGAUCCACCACAUUGUCAACAACGCCGGCUACACCUGGGACGGCGUCAUCCACAAGAUGACGGACAAGCAGUGGGACACCAUCAUCGCACUGCACUCCACCGCGCCCUUCCGUCUCGUCCGCGCCGCGGCGCCCUACUUCCGCGUCAAGGACGGCGAGAACCGCUGCAUCGUCAACAUCAGCUCUACCUCGGGCGUUCACGGCAACGCAGGCCAGGCGAAUUACGCCAUGGCCAAGGCCGGUGUUACGGGCUUGACCAAGACGAUUGCCAAGGAGUGGGGGCCUGCGUUUGGCGUGAGGGCGAAUACUGUGGCCUUUGGGUUCAUCAAGACGCGGUUGACGGAUGCCAAGGAGAAGGGUGCGUUUAUUACCGGGCCGGACGGCGAGAGGAUUGCGCUGGGGAUCCCGGGGGCGCAGAAGGGGCCCGAGGCGGAUGCACAUGCUGAUAUUCCCUUGCGGAGGCCUGGCUCGCCGACUGAGGCAGCUUCCGCGGUACUUGCUGUUGUCAGUCCGCUGUUCAGCUAUGUGAGCGGUCAGACGAUCAUGGUGACUGGUGGUCGAAACAUGUGAAGAGUUGCGUCUGGAGUGGAUGUAGUCAGUUAUCUCAGGGCGGAUGGAGGCCCCCUCACAUGACUGAACAAAACUGUAGAUUUCAUGCGAUUUGUUCAUAAUUAGGUAUCGGUACUUUGGAUUCCCGU